AUGAGGAAUGUUGAAACCGGCAAUAUCGCGUUAAAGGAAUCGAAGGUGGCGAAACCAUACAGGCAUACCGGAUCUAGGAUGUCGUUCAAUUCGUCCGACACACCAUCGUCGCUGUAUUUACUGGUCGACGAGCAUGCCGGUGGUAUUCUCGUUCCAUGGAUCAAGUACUCACGAUCGUCCGGAGAUUACAGCAUUCUCGACGAAUACCUGGAUACAGCUGUGAGGUCCUAUCUUUAUAACGGUGGAAAAGGAAAACUUGUUUCAAUCUCUGUACUGGUGAAACGCAGAAACAAACAGAGAAAUGCUCAACUGGGAGCCCUUCGGAGGAAAAAAGGACGCGGAAAGAGCGGUCCAAACAUUCUCGACGACAUUAAUCAGGAUCGUCUGGGCGCCGACGACUUCAUGAAAGCUCUCAAGAUUCUUGAUGGGUUCAGUGCAAGUGGUGGACAGAAAGUCUUCAAGUAUCGCGAACUGGUCUGGGACGUGGAGCAGAGAGGAAGGAUGGGCGAAAACCUUCUGCACAUCUGUUUAUUGCACAACACUGCUGACAUGAAUGAGCUAGCAAAGCGGAUCGUCAAUAAAUACCCGAAAAUCGUCAACGACACUCUUAUUCUGAAGAUUACUACGUGUAUUCGAGACUAUUGA